AUGGCAGAAGGAACACGUAUGUAUACCAUGGAUGAUAAGCUCACUCAGCAUGAGGAGGUGUUGAAUGAGUUGACUGCUGGUCAACAAGCACUUCAACAGACACAAAGAGGAAUUCAAGGGACCUUAGAGUUGAUAUUGGAAUGGUUGACUGCUUUGGAAAGACCCCAACAAAGAGCUCAAGGUGAUGGGAUCUUACCCAAUCCUGUGCAAGAGGUAAGAGUAGUCAAACCUCAGAUUGCAAUUCAAACCCCUCCUCCUAAGUGGGAAUUACCAAGUUUCGAAGGUCAGGACCCUAAAGUGUGGCUUAGGAAGUAUGAAAGGUAUUUUAAGCUAUAUAGAACUCAGGAAGAUUCUAAGGUGGAAGCUGCUGCCCUUUACUUGAAUGGGGUAGUUGAGACAUGGUACCACUCACUGGUGUUGAACAAGGGAGAAGUUGGUUGGGAUGAGUUCAAAGAGGAACUAAUUGUCAAAUUCAGUGAUGAGGUAUUAGAAGAUGUAGUGGAAGAGUUCAACAAACUGAGUCAAAUAGGGACUGUUGAUGAAUUUUUGGCACAGUUUGAAGAUAAGAAGGCUCAUAUGUUGCACACCACUCUUAGGCUAGCUAUAGAACAAGCAAGACUGCAGGAAAAGGCCAUUGAAGUGGCUGAGAAGAAAGCCAAACCAGUUACUAAACUAUUUGCUAAGCCCAACAAUUUCACUACUGCUAAGGGAACUUUACCUAAUGCAUCUAGACCUAAUGGAUUUAGGUUAACUCCUGAAGAGUAUGACUAUAGGAAGAAAAAUUGGCAGUCUUUGAUUGAUUCAGAAGCUACUCACAGUUUCAUUGACAUGAACACUGUCAAGGAAACUGGUUAUUGUUCUAGCUCUUGUUCUCCAGUGAGAGAGACUGUUGCUGAUGGUAACUAUGUCAUGACUAGUUCUCAGUGUAAGGAGUUUAGCUGGAAAAUGCAAGGGAGACCAUUUAGGGAGAAUUUGCUUAUUAUACCUUUAGGAGGGUGUGACAUUGUAUUAGGUAAUGACUGGAUGAAGAAGCACAAUCCCACUAAGUUUGACCAUGAAAGGAACUGUAUCACUAUUGGAAGAAAAAAUAACAAGUUGGUUCUGCAUGGGAUAUCUGAAGAGAGCAAGCUUAGCAUGAUCUCUAGUGGCACUAUGGGCAAGAUGUUGAAGAAGGGGCAAGCUCUUAUUGCUCACUUAUUCAUGAUGAGUGCAUUGGUACAAUCAAACCAAGACCCUAUAGAUGAGGCAAUACAAGAACUGUUGGAGUCUUACACUGAUGUGUUUUCAGAACCCAAAACCUUGCCUCCUGCUAGAUCACUCAAUACCACUAAAACCUGGGGCUCUUCCAGUCAGUUUGAGACCUUACAGGAUAAGUACCUUAUUCCCAUUGUUGCUGAUCUAUUAGAUGAACUUUAUGGGGCUGUGAUCUCUUCAAAGGUGGAUCUGAGGGCAGGAUAUCACCAGAUCAGAAUGAAGGUUGAAGAUGUGCACAAGACUGCAUUCAGGACACAUAUGGGACACUAUGAGAAAUUUGCACUAGUAUUCUUUGAUGAUAUAUUGAUUUACAGUGCUUCUAUAGAAGACCAUGUAAAACGUUUGACUGUUGUAUUUGAUACUCUAAGGAAACAUUCCUUAUUGGCAAAAAAAUCUAAGUGCUCUUUUGGCCUGCCUAAAGUGGAGUAUUUGGGCCAUGUGAUCACUGCAGAUGGGGUUUCCACUGACCCUUCUAAAAUCCAAGCUAUGGUUGACUGGCCUAGGCCAACCACACUAAGGGCUCUUAGAGGGUUUUUGGGACUAACAGGCUAUUACAGGAAGUAUGUUGCUAAUUAUGGCACUAUAUGUAGGCCACUUACUGAUUUACUUAAGAAGGAUUCAUUCAAAUAA